GGAGGAUUGCAACAUCCCAACCCAAUCUCUGAGAGUUUUGUCUUUUUAAUCAAAUAAAACUAGCCUUCCGUCUUGCCUGGGAGACAAGCUAGGAUCUGGACACUGCUGAAGAAAUUUCUGAGAAGGAAUAAUGAGUGAAUACAAAAAAAUUGUUCUUCUAAAAGGAUUAGAGUGUAUGGACAACUACCACUUUAGAAUACUUAAGUCCUUACUAAGAAGAGAACUACACCUGUCUGAAAGGAUGCAAAAUGAUUAUGACAAAAUUCAGAUUGCUGACCUGAUGGAAGAUACAUUCCCAAAAGAUGCUGGACUCCGCAAACUGAUAGGAUUUUGUCAAGAAAUUAAAGAUCUUCUAUACCUUGUUGAAGAUCUUAAAGCAGAGAAAGCAAAAGUUGAAAAACAAAAGAAAGGAAAGAACAAAACUGCAGUAAAAGGAAAGCAAGGGGAGCCCAGCAGUGCCCAUGGUCUUUGCUCCAGGAAUGCACCCUCUUCAGAGGAAAAACGAACUGCGCAAAUUGAAAGUGGCAAAAAAAGGAAGCUUAUCCAAGAGCAGACUCAGCCUCUAGAACCUUCAGGAAGCAACACACAGAAAGAUGAAGGUUGUCUCCAGACUUCUCAGAAGCCUCCAACACCAUCCAGCAAUUCCUCCAACAAGAAACAGAAAACCACAAACACCAAACAACAGAGUACUCUAAAGAUAGACGAUUCCCAGAAAAAACACCAGCUUCUAGGAUUGUCAGCAACCAGCAACUCCUCAGCUGCAUGGGAAGGCCAGACUCUUCAGGGUCUCGCGGCAACAGCUUCUAGCAGCCUCAACACUCCCCAGACAUUUCCAGCAACAUGUGACUCUUUAAAAACGUCUCAAGGCUCUCCAGAACCACACUGCCAAAGUUUUCUAAUAUCUCCAGUAUCAGACUCUAGCAUCCAUCCCAUGACUCUAACACUAUCCAGUCGUGUCCAAACUCCUUAUGAACCUUCAUCAACAGCAUCCAGUAAUGUCUGGGUCCCUAGUGUGUCUUCAGAAACGGUGUCCAAUUCUCUCAGUGCUCCUCAGAUGUCUCCAGUAUCAUGCUCCAUCCGUGCCCAGAACCUUCACGUACCUACAAGAGCAGCAUUCAAUAGCAUACAGACUCUUCACAAUCCUCAAACAGGAUCUGGAAGUGCCCAAAGCCCUAGAGUACCUGCAACAUUGAAAAGCAAAUCCCAGGUCAUAAAGACGCCUCCAGCAACAGGAUCCAGCAGUGUUCAGGUGCCCCACACUCUUCCAGGAGCAGUGCCCAAAAAUGUCAGCACCACUCAGGUGCCUCAAAGAACAACAGGCAGUAGCAUUCAGACUCUUAACACAGGUAGGGUAAAUGUACCCAAGAAUGUACAGGUCCCAGGUCCCUUAGCAACAGUACCUGUUUAUGUCCUGACUUCUUUGCCAUCUUCAGCAACAGCAUCUAGUAGUCUCCAGGUACUUCCACUAACAACAUCCAACAGUCUUCCGGAUGGGGUGCCUAGACCAAUAGCGACAAGUAGAGUCCAGACCACUCAAAUUCAUCCAGCAGCAGCAUCCAGCUUCAACCAGGCUCCUCAUGCUCCUCUGCAAACAAUGCCCAGAAGUGUAUGCCCCACUCAAGAUCAUCGAGGAGUAGCAUCCAGCACUGGUCAGGCUCUUCCCUGUCCUAAAGUAGAAGCACCCAGUUGUGCUCUGGCUUCCCAGAUGCCUUCAGCAACAACAUCUGAAAGUCUCCUAGCUCCACCAACAACAUGUCUCCUUGCUCCAAUGGUGUCUUCAGCAACUACCAGCAGCAGUUCAUAUGAGACACCAAGGAGGGGAAACAUACCAAAGGAACCUGCUAAGGAAGAAGGUUAUCAUCGAGAACCCAAAGAAGUGAUGGUUUUGAAAGUAACAGAACCAUUUACUUAUGAUUUGAAACUUGACAAAAGGAUGUUCCAUGCCACAGUGGCGACUGAGAAUGAAUUCUAUAGAGUGAAGAUUUUUGACCCAGAUUUAAAGAACAAGUUCAUUCCAAAUAAGAUCAUUGCCAUAUCAAAUUAUUUUGGCUCAAAAGGAUUUCUGGAAAUACACGAAAGUUCCUGUGUGUCUGAUGUAGACAAGAACAGAACCAUGGAUAUCUCAAAAACACUGAGGAAAAGAGCCAAUGCGACUCCUAAAAUUAGGGAUCUUUUCUCACAGGCACAGGGGACAUAUGUGAGUGGAGAGUUUGUGGUGUAUCAGAAAACUGAGAGGAAUCCCUUAAUUUACUAUGGAAUUGAAGAUGAUACAGGGAAAAUGGAAGUGGUGGUCCAUGGAAGACUGACCAAUAUAAAGUGUGAGCCAGGCCAAAAACUUCGACUCAUCUGUUUUGAAUUGUCCUCAAGCACAGAUACAUGGCAGCUGAAGUCUGUAAGACACAGUAACAUGCAGGUCGUCAAUGUCAGAAAGAAAGCCACUCUAGCCUGAUUCAUAUCUGAAAACCUGGAUGCGAAGGAUACUAUUUAUGGAGAUAAGAUCCAAGUCCAGAAAAUACAUGUAUACAUGAACUGUUGAAAUACCAUAUCUUUGAAAUCCAGCUCCUUUUGUUUUGAUUUUUCAAGACAGG